GUGAGCUUUUCUCCCCAUCCCAGCCUCACACUGACGCAUUCAGCUCCACAGCAGCAAUCUGAGGUGCUGACCCCUCACACACACACACAUCCCGUCCACCUGAGGAGCGUCCCCCAGCAUGCUGGGCGAGUGGGCCCCCCUGCAGUGAUGCCGGCCUCCAGCGCCCCCGCCUCCCUGCUCCCGGUGCUGCUCUGCGUGUCGGUGGCCCUGCAGCGCUCCGACCUGCACCUGGCCUACGUCACCCAGACCAACUUCUACCUGUACUCCUGUGGCCAGGAGCCGCCCCCCUGCUGCACCGCCUCCCUCUCGGACUGCAGGUGCAAGGACCGGCCCCCGUCGCACUCCUCUCCGGUUUUCAGGACCAGGCGUCUGACCGUCUGGUUCACGUCGCCGCCGAACGCCGCCCGGCUGCUCAACAACUCGGAGGUGAAGCACCUCACCCUGAUCUACUGCGACCCGGGGGGAGGAGCCCGGGGGGCGCCGCCGAUCCCCCCGGAGGGGCAUUUUGCCGUGAACCACCUGGAGAGGCUGACGGUGAUAAACAUGCCUCACAGGCCGGCGAAUCCGUGUCCGGAGGCCAACAAGGCCAGAAACACAGACUCCAACAGCGACCCGGACGGAGACAACGGCGUCUACCUGGACACCAACAGAUUCAACCAGGACAGAGACUCAAAUCUGGAUCUAAUGACGGACCUGAAGAGGGACGCUGUGAAUCUGCCCCCUUCACAGGUACAGGACAUCUUCCUGGGCAGGGAGCUGGGGGCAGCGUACCACGAGCAGGCCAGGCUGGGGAUCAUCCACAGGUCUGUGCUGGAGCCGGGGUCAGAGGUCAAAGCUUACACGGUCCAGACACACAUAGACAGCGACGGCAUACUGCCGUUCCCUGACCUCCAGCUGCCGAUACUGCAGGGGGCGUCUGUCAUUUAUGUUAGCUUUGUGUACUGACCGUAAAAGAAGUUCUCGUUUGAAUUGUAUUUUAAUUAAAGAAAAUAAUCAACAUGUUGUGUUGAAAUGGGAGAAAAAGUGGUUGUAAGUUUAGACUGCAUUGCGUUGAAGCUGAAAAUACAGCUUUUUCGAGCUGAAAUUCAAGAGGAGAAACAGUUUUGUGUUUUGAAACCACUCCUUAGACGAUGUUUGUUUGUCCAGAAAUACCCAACACCGCAUUGACACCAAAUACAAUGCAUGGGGCUUUUUGUACAAGCUUUUGUCCGGCUUCCAAAACUGUGGGAGAAUUGUUGACUUUCAUUGGCAGAUUUUUUUUUCUUUGUAAUGUUCCUUGAAAAAGAAAAGAAAACUUUCCAUUCACUGGUCCAUGGCUGUAAUUACAUUUUUUCCUGGGCAUUGUUCAUCGUCAUUCAGCUGCUUAGGAAAAACAAUGUAAAGUUCCAAAAUACAGGAUAAAGUGUCCUUUGGAUAAAAAUAAUAUGAAAAAUUGUACAUCUUGUCCAUCUCGUGCUGUCAGUCUCAUUUAUCUGUUUUCAUCUUGUUUUCUUCAACCAGAACAUUCAGAUCCGCUCACCAAGCUCAUACUGGAAGUGCAGCUGGCAUUUUCUGGACUCAUACAAUGUACCAGCUGUUGUUUCAGCUUUCCAGAGGGCCGCUCUUGUCUGACGCCGUGAAAAGAUGCCGUGUUUCCUGUGAUCUGACUCAAUCCCAGUUAUUCAAGUGUUGAUCCAGAAUGUCAAACACAAGGAUUGUAGCACAGCGAAAUAUUGGGGGAAAUAUAUGACAAAUGUUGACAUGAAACUUUAACACAGGGGGAUUUUUCUUCUGAAAUGUCUGAGAGCAAGUCUCGGCCACAGACUGCAACAUUCUGACCGCUCAGUUUCAACACGACUUCUCAUAUUUCUUCAGUUCCUGAGAGACUGAGGAAUCAUUUCAGAAGCCAUUCAGCUAAUUCCGUUUCUUUCUUCGAUGCACCAUUGAUCAAAUUUACAACAACAGCGUGGAACAAACAGACGUCAGAAAAUUACAAUGUCAUUCAAAAGGGAGUCAAAGUGAUUUUAGCUCAGAGGCCGCACACACAGACCAACUUCCUCUUCAGUCAUCCAGACUGGUAAAAUAGUGGCAUAAUAUUCUUUAUAUGUAAACUUUAAUGUAUUUCUUUGUUGUGGCACCACUUCUAGAUUUUGAAAAAGUGCAUAUUUAUGUAAAAAAAAUUGCAAUCAGUCCCAAACAUCACUAUAAAAAGCUAAUUUUAUUGAUGCCUUCAGGAGCCAGAUGCUGUGAAAUUUCCUAAUAUGACAGUUGCAUUUUGCAACAUUCCAUUAAAACAAUGCAUUUUCUCCAUCAACAACGUCCUGGUCAAGGUUUUCUCGUUUCAAACUGAGAGGUGCUGAGCGGAACAGCUUCGGUGGGCGGUGUGGCUCGUCACUGCUUCCUGGCUUCCUGAGUCCAUCAUAUGUGAGUUUCCAAGGUCGCCAAACAAAAGGAGCACAGCAUUUGGUGUUUCAUAUCUGCAAAAGAGCCGCACCAGGAAUAGUUUCAUCAAAACCCAAUCAGAUCCCAUUUGAAGCACUGGGAAUCAAUGUUUUACCUACUCUGCCUUUAAAAAAGACAGUUUAUUUGACACUUUUACUAUUAAUUUCAUAGAAUGAAGCCUUUUGCGGGCCGACUUUGGCCCAUGGGCCGUAAUAUUUGCCACACUUGGUUUGAAGAAUGAUUGAUAAACUGACGGUGUGUACUCAAGGAGGUUUUAAUAUUUUUUCCAGCUCGAUUUGUGGUCACAUUAACCUCUUGUUAAAACUUCAAAGAAUUUAUGAUGCUCUUAAAUAUAUUUGCAAGCUUUCCAUGAUGUAAGACAAAGUUUGCAGUUCUUUCUUAUCACUGUAUGUUUUUUAGACUCUAGUAGGAAAGUCUGGACACACAAGGAGAACAUGCAAACUCCGUAAAUAAAAGCUCCAAAGCCUGGACUCGAACCAGAGACCCCAUAAAACACGACCUGAGAUGCUUGGAACUUGUUUUGGGUGCAUUAACAAAAAGAGCCACAAGAUGGCAGCAGCCACUUGGAGACGAGCUGAGGUCUAAACUGAGGCCUCAACAGAAGCCUGCUGGUUUCUACAGGAAUUAUAUGAUUCUUUAUUUUCCUGAACAUUAAUUUAUCAACUGUACCCCGAAGGCAUUCAGGAAUUUUUUUUCUUUGAAAAUGGAAAAUCUACAAUGUCACCUCUUUCAUUUGUUUCCAGGAAAAUAAACUAUUGACAUAUAAUUCCCGGCAAAUCUUAAAGUUCACUCAUGUCAUUUUGUUAGUUGACUCCUCUUAAUUCACCUGUCACAGUUACAUGUAAACUGAAGAGGAGUUGACCUCUAAACGUGGUCAGAUGCAGUGCACACAUCCACCAAAACAUUGAUAACAUGUUAAAUGAUGACAACAUAAGGUGUAAAUGUGUUACCUGCAGUUUAUUGUAUUUAACUCAACUUUUCACCUUUUUUAAGUUAAUAAAUAAAACAGGGAUACAUAUUUUGCCAAACCUUUUCUUUUUCUAAAGCAGAACAGUUAUUUAGAAUAUUAUCAUGUUUACUUAUUCAUUCAGGAGGACUCGAGCAGAAAUCAGUGUUAUUUUCGUUGAUUUUCUACAGUUGAGGUAUUUAUUUCUGUCAUUACAUUUCUGUUCCGUUAAUUGAAGAACAAUUUUAGGCUUACUAAAGUCUACCGAAUUUG